AGCAUGUACGAUCACGAUUUGGGGAACCGGUUUCGAAACGUCGACUAAAGUUAUACUCUCUUCGAACUGCCCGGAUAAGCCCAAUUUAAAAAUAUGGAAAGUAAUGAAACUGUUGAGGAAUCAAGUAAAAAUAUAAAAAUUCUAGCAAUAAAUUCUGGGGGUACUAUCGGAAUGAUUAAAGUGGGUACAGAGCUCGUUCCACCAGAAAGGGGACACUUUUAUAGGGCUCUGAGAGAUAAACUCGGCUAUUCGAAUUUCGGUACUUGGCCAAAUUCAAACUCGUUUCAUUUAACUCACGAGGACAAAACAGAAAACAUUACUAAAAUAAUAAGGAUUGAUUUAGAGGAAACUGACAACCUUCUAGACUCGGCAGAUAUGAGUUAUGAUCAAUGGUCGGAAAUUGCCCAAAUAAUUAAAGACAAAUACGAUGAUUAUGAUGGCUUCGUGGUCAUCCACGGCACGGACACGAUGGUCUACGGUGCCAGUGCUCUGUCCUUCAUGUUCGAGAACUUAUCCAAACCUAUCGUCUUCACCGGAGCACAGAUUCCCAUGUACGAUGCCAGAAGUGACGGCUGGAACAACCUUAUCUCGUCUUUUAUCGUCGCUAGCGCACAGGACAAUCUGCCAGUCGUAAGCAUCUGCUUCAACAGCAAAGUAUACAUGGGGAACCGAUGCAUCAAACAAGACUCCGAUGGUUUCGAUGCCUACACCUCAGGUGAUGCUCCCCUGGUGACGCUGGGUACGAGAAUAACAUUCAGAAGACUCGAUACGACUACUGGCACGCUAGCUGUUCGAUGUCAAAUGGAAAAAAACGUCAAGCAAAUUUCAGUUUAUCCAGAGAUGCAAGCCAGAGAUAUCACUUCCCUGUGGGAUAAAGCUCAUAAGUACAAGGGAGCCGUCCUGGUUUCAUACGGAGCUGGAAACAUACCUGAUGACAUGGUCAAAUUUGUCCAGCAAGCUUGUGAAAAGGAGAUUUUGAUUGUCAAUGUGACACAAUGCCAUAAAGGUGGUGUGGCCACUGAUUAUAGAUCAGGAAACAAAUUGAUGGCGGCGGGCGUGGUCUUUGGUGGGGACAUGACCCCAGCCGCAGCUUUAAUGAAACUUAGCUACAUCUUAGGGAGGUACGCAGGGUUAUCCAUAGUGGAGAAGAAACGAAAGUUCAGUGUAAUUUUAUGUAAUGAGUCUGAAGCCCAAAUAAGGUAGGCCUAUACGUAAUAGAGAGAUAAAAAAAGUAUUUUAAAAUACGUGGAUAACAUAAGUAUUGUAAAUACUUUUCAGAUUUUACACACAAUUAACCCUCCUUGUCUCGAACAAAACCCUUUAACCCAAUCAGUAGCAAUGCAAAAAAAAACAAAGAAUCCUUGCUAACUCUCCAUCUUGGAAGAUAUCAAAACUUAGCUCUUGUUUUAAUUGUAUAGAAUUUCUUUUAGUCUGGUUUCAUGCAAUUUUUGCAAGGUCGCGUAUUGUGUCUGUUUAUUUAAACUUGUAUGCUGAAUUGUAUUUUUUUUCUAGAUUUGUAAUUAGAUUAUUAUUAAGAUGUAAUUAUAGUACUCACAUGCUUUCCUAUGUUUAUUUUAAUACCCAAAUAAAAAAAAAUCACUUGUUACUCUUUCGCUUGUACAUUUUACUUUUGAUUUACACACUAGAUAAUAAAAGAUUAUUUAUUUCACUCUGCAUUGUUAGAUUUGUCCUUUAAAUUAGACGUGAUUUUAAAAUAUUUUUUAUAGAUAAUGUAGAGAAAUUAUAUUCAAGAAAAUAUGUAUUUAUAUUAUGUUUCCCUUUUAUUUUAGAUGUUUUCUUACAAUAAACAUAAU